GAAACAAUAUUUGCUGGAAAACAUUUGACAGGAAAGCGAAAUCGAAAGAGCAAUCACUUCCGUGAACCAGUCAGCGGCAGCCCUAAAAGCUACAAUAAACCAUGCGCGUCAUGAGAUGAAAUCAUGACAAUGUAAGAAACCAAAAUAGGACGUCUAACGGCGAUUUCUACGAAUGAAAUGCUCUGAAAACGAUUGGAAAAUCUCUAAACAGGGCUUUCGAAUUAAAGAUUUAGAUGUCAAGUAACGAAGGAGGGCGUCCACUGAUUGAUUUCGUCUCAGACGGCCGCCUAAAUGGGCCCGAUGUAGUGCCGUAUCACGCCGACCCGGCGAGCUACAGUACAGCCAUCGUUGGCGGCUCACAUUACGAUAAUAGAACUUCUGAACAAAGACCCUUACUUGGCAGAUCUCGAUCACGAAUGGACAGUCACAGUGACACUGAAUACCAGGGAAACCACUUUGAUGAUCCAGAGUUUACUGGGAUAAUUCACUCCGCCGAACAAGCUAUUGAUGUGGGAAUUUUGCCAGAACGAAUUUACCAAGGUUCCAGUGGAAGUUACUUCGUAAAGGAUAAGGAAGGGGUAAGAUUUCUGAUUGUUUUCUCUAUUUUUCAGCUUGGAUCUUUUCAGUUGUUUGUAGAAGGCUACAAAGAUGCCGAGUUUCACCUCAGAAAGAUGGAAGUGGAACCACUUCCUGCUGCUACUAACAAAGAUUUUCUAUUUCAAUUUCAAAAACUUGUUUGUCUUGAUUACAUUAUUAGGAAUACAGGUACACUAUGGGCUGCUGAGUCUCAAUCUACAGUAAUUUGUCAUUUGGUAAAAGAUUUUUAUUAUUCCAUGCAGGGAGACUGGGAUUAUGUGGAUCCUCCUAAAAUAUAUGUUGCUGCUAUUGACAAUGGACUGGCAUUCCCUUUUAAGCAUCCAGACUCUUGGAGAGCAUACCCAUUUUAUUGGGCGUGGUUACCACAAGCGAAGGAGCCAUUUAUGGAUGAGAUAUCAGACCUUGUUUUACCUCAACUAGCAGAUAUGAAUUUUGUUCAAGACCUCACAGAAGACCUGUACCUUCUUUUUCGGGUGUGUUCCUGUCAGUGGCAAAUUACCUUCUGCUAUCCUCGAAUAAACUGUGCAAGAAUCUUAUUUCUCUUAAAUGAAGGUCGUUAA